CCUGGCUGAGCGGCAGCGGCAGAGCCCUGGGCGCGACGGCAGGGCCCAAGCUGUGGGCCGGGGCAGCUGAACUGGGUGUAUAUGUGUGUGUAUAACCAGGGAGCCCCCUUUGUUUCUUGCACUGGAGGAAGGUGGGUCCAUUAAUGAAAAUGCCGCCUCCCUCUGACAUUGUCAAAGUGGCAAUUGAGUGGCCAGGUGCCAAUGCCCAGCUGCUGGAAAUUGACCAGAAACGGCCCCUGGCAUCCAUUAUCAAGGAAGUUUGUGACGGGUGGUCACUACCAAACCCUGAGUACUACACUCUCCGUUAUGCAGAUGGCCCCCAGCUAUACAUCACUGAACAGACCCGCAGUGACAUAAAAAAUGGGACGAUCUUGCAGCUGGCCAUCUCACCGUCCCGGGCUGCACGUCAGCUUAUGGAGAGGACACAGUCAUCUAACAUGGAGACUCGGCUGGAUGCUAUGAAGGAAUUGGCCAAACUUUCUGCUGAUGUGACCUUUGCCACUGAAUUCAUCAACAUGGAGGGAAUUGUGGUGUUAACGAGGCUGGUGGAGAGUGGCACCAAGCUUUUGUCCCAUUACAGUGAGAUGCUGGCAUUCACCCUGACUGCCUUCCUGGAACUCAUGGACCAUGGUAUUGUCUCCUGGGACAUGGUUUCGAUCACCUUCAUUAAGCAGAUUGCUGGGUAUGUGAGCCAGCCCAUGGUGGAUGUAUCCAUCCUGCAACGGUCGCUAGCCAUCCUGGAGAGCAUGGUCUUGAACAGCCAGAGCCUAUACCAGAAGAUAGCCGAGGAGAUCACCGUGGGCCAGCUCAUCUCUCACCUCCAGGUCUCUAACCAGGAGAUCCAAACUUAUGCCAUUGCGCUGAUUAAUGCACUUUUCCUGAAAGCACCUGAGGACAAGAGACAGGAUAUGGCCAAUGCAUUUGCACAGAAGCACCUUCGGAACAUAAUCUUGAAUCAUGUAAUUCGGGGAAAUCGCCCAAUCAAAACCGAGAUGGCUCAUCAGCUCUAUGUACUUCAAGUCCUGACCUUUAACCUUUUGGAAGAGAGGAUGAUGACCAAGAUGGACCCUAAUGAUCAGGCACAAAGAGAUAUCAUAUUUGAAUUAAGGCGAAUUGCAUUUGAUGCGGAGACUGACCCUACAAGCGUCACUGGCAGUGGGACAGAGAAACGAAAAGCCAUGUACACCAAGGACUACAAGAUGCUGGGAUUCACUAACCAUAUCAACCCAGCGAUGGACUUUACCCAGACUCCUCCAGGGAUGCUGGCUCUGGACAACAUGCUUUACUUGGCCAAAGUCCAUCAGGAUACCUAUAUCCGGAUUGUCCUGGAGAAUAGCAGUCGGGAGGACAAACAUGAAUGUCCCUUUGGUCGAAGUGCCAUUGAGCUCACCAAAAUGCUGUGUGAGAUUCUGCAAGUUGGAGAGCUGCCAAAUGAAGGACGGAAUGACUACCACCCAAUGUUCUUCACUCAUGACCGAGCAUUUGAGGAGCUCUUUGGAAUAUGCAUCCAGCUGCUGAACAAGACUUGGAAGGAGAUGAGGGCAACAGCAGAAGAUUUCAACAAGGUUAUGCAAGUGGUACGAGAGCAGAUUACCCGGGCUUUGCCCUCUAAGCCCAACUCUUUAGAUCAGUUCAAGAGCAAACUUCGGAGCCUGAGCUACUCGGAGAUUCUGAGAUUGCGCCAGUCUGAGAGGAUGAGUCAGGAUGAUUUCCAGUCCCCACCGAUUGUGGAGUUAAGGGAGAAGAUCCAGCCAGAGAUCCUGGAGCUAAUUAAGCAGCAACGGCUGAAUCGGCUCUGUGAGGGGAGCAGCUUCCGGAAAAUUGGGAAUCGGCGACGGCAGGAGCGGUUCUGGUACUGCCGGUUGGCCCUGAACCAUAAGGUUCUGCACUAUGGAGAUCUGGAUGACAACCCUCAGGGGGAGGUGACCUUCGAAUCCCUACAGGAGAAAAUUCCUGUUGCAGAUAUCAAGGCCAUUGUUACUGGGAAGGAUUGUCCUCAUAUGAAAGAGAAAAGUGCUCUCAAGCAGAACAAGGAAGUAUUGGAAUUGGCCUUCUCCAUCCUGUAUGAUCCUGAUGAGACCUUAAACUUCAUCGCUCCUAAUAAGUAUGAGUAUUGUAUCUGGAUCGAUGGCCUCAGCGCCCUCCUCGGGAAAGACAUGUCUAGUGAGCUGACCAAAAGUGACCUGGACACGCUGCUGAGCAUGGAGAUGAAGCUUCGGCUGCUCGACCUGGAGAACAUCCAGAUCCCUGAGGCCCCUCCCCCUGUUCCCAAGGAGCCCAGCAGUUAUGACUUUGUCUACCACUAUGGCUGAGUCGCUGUACCAGGAGGGAGGAUUGGGCCCAGGAGGGAGGGGCUUAGAUGCUGGGGCCUUGUCCUUUGCUUGUAUAGAAUCCAUGCUGACUGUGGUGGCCAGGCCCGUGCCACUUACUCCUCAACCCCAUGUCUUAGCCCCAAAAGCUUCCUAUUGAUUCCAGUCAGCUAAAAGUAGGGAAGUGGAACCUCUGUGCCCUCCCUUCUUUCCACUGUGGAUCAGACUCUGGGGCCUGGAAAGGGAAUACUGUGCAAAGGCUGGAACACUAGGGAGCAGGCAGCGUCUCUUCUGCUCCCUAGACAGGGCAGCCCUGAGCCGGCUGGGCAGACAGUGCACACACUUCCACUAAGGUGGCAGCACUUAGGUGGGCGGCCCCUGUACUAGCUGGAGGCAGCCCAGCAGAACUCCUCUUUGGUCGGGGCAGCUGGGGGGCAGAGAACUCGAGGAAGGACAGCCCCGAGGUGGCAGCACACCUGAGCUGUAUAUAGAGAGGAGCUCUAACUCUGUUAUGGAGGACUCCUUUUGUGCCCGUCUCCCUACAUGGUGCCAAGAUGCUGCUGCUGUUCUCAUGGAAGUUCAACUCUAAUGUUUCUCUGAAUUCUGAAACUGCCACAUCUCUCCUCCCAGCAACUGGCAGGGCAACAAGAGGUUUCUACCAAGCGGCACUCCCAUCUGGUUCCUUGCAGUUGAAAAGCCAUACGACUGCUGCCUCCCUUCUCUGUCAGAAGUAGCUUUGCCUCUUAAAGGCUAGAGAGAGCGAAACAAACCACCGUACACUUGGCUUUUGGCUCUGAGUGACGUUGCUGAAUUUCACAGGACCCAAGUCAGUGCUGGAAAGGACCUUAGAACAGAGAAUGUUGGAGAUGGAAGGGACCUCAGAGGCAUGUAAUUGGGCAACUCCUACCUGAAGCAUGAAUUCCUUCUUUAUAGCAUCCCUAACAAGUAGUCAUCUAGCUUCUGCUUGCUGACUUGCAGUAGUGGGGAGCUCACUACCUCUAGAGACAGCCCAUCCCAGUUGGGACAGCUCUUCUUGUUAAGAAGUUAUUCCUUUUAUUGGGCCUUAUUCUAUCUUCAUGUAACUUUCACCCCCUGGGACAAAACAGAAUGGGUCUAAUCUGCAGGACAGCACUUCAGAUAUUUGAAGGUAGUCUAAAUCUAAUUUUCUUCAUUCCUUCCUUGAGCAAAAACCAAUCCUGGUAACCUGAACUGAAAGAUCAGCCUCUUUCAGCCCCACGACCUGUUUCCAAUUUCCUUUUGGUCUCCAGACCCUAGGAAGUCUGCCUGGCACUCCCCAAUUUGGCUUUUACCUCAUGCCUUGUUUUCAGGGAGCUGGCCUGAAGUUACAGCUGUGCAAAUGGAACUUUCCUAGAUUACCACAUAAUGUCCCCAGGCAUCACCACUUGAACACAGCUGCAUUUGGUUAUGGUAGUUUCAUGUGGUAGGUACUGGUCCAAUGAAGAUUGUACUAUAUAUUUUCUCUACUAUAGGCCAUACUUAUACAGACAUGUGUAUAUAUAUAUACAUACAUACAUAUAUAAAUAAUUUAUAUUUAUAUAAGAUCCACCUAUUCUAGGAUGGAAUGUUUCAUGAAAAAAUGAAAUUGGCAAGAGAAGGAAAAACAAGAUGAACUCUGAGCCAAGAUUAUAAUGUAAGAGAACUUAGGAGGGCAGGCGAGGAAUGUCCUGUCAGUAACUGUGUUUUCAAUAAAUACUCUCAUGUAUGGACUGCA